AUGUCUCAACGUUUUCCAGUCUAUAAACCGCUUGGAGGAUCAUCACAAAAGAACCUAAGCAAUGCUAGUUUUAACUCUGAGAGGAGACCUUCAUCAGCUACUUUGCAAAGACCUACAUUAAGGAAAUCAAACUCACACAACAUGGAUGAUUCAAUAGCAAUGAUCAGAGGAGGUGGUACGCAAUCAAAUGUUCCAUCUUUUCAUUCAUCAACAAAUAGACCAUCUUCUGCAUACGGAAGAUAUAAGGAUGUAGAUAAUACAACAAAUGUACAUAAUAAUAAUAAUAGAAUAGGAGACUAUAAUCCAACAACUUCCAAAAGGCCUCAAUCAUCAUACUCUCGAACAACUCCCACUUUUAAUAGUAAUAAUCAUAACAACAAUUAUCAGCAACGAAGUAAUUCUAGUAAUGAGUAUGUUCCAAAGAAUUAUCUUAAGAAAAAUAGCAGGCAAGAUAUGUUGGGUUCAUUCCCAACCGAGGAGGAUAUGAAGAAAUCAAUUACAGGAAGAAAAAAUUCUGUAAAAAGGAUCCAGAAAUACCAGGAGGAAUAUCUCCCUCCUCAUACAUGUAAUGUGUUUUAUCAGCAAGGAAGACAUGCUGUUAAGAAUACACAAUGCAAAAGAUGCUCAAUGGCAUUCAGACAGCAGCAACCAAAAAAACCAACACCUAAACCAAAGAAACCUCAACUAAUUGAAAGACCUCCAAGCCCAGAAGGAAUAUUUAUGGUUAAGGAAAAUGUGAAUAAUGCUCCAAUGUACAUAGAUCCAGCACAAAAUCUCAGUGAAACGAAACAAUUACUCAAGGAUAAUAUCAAACAAUUACUUUAUCAUUAUAGAGACGAGAAAGAUAAGCUUUAUAAUCUUUCAAAAGGUGUACAGACAGGUUAUCUCGAUGAGCCUUACAUUGAUUAUUCAGUAUCUGUAAAACCAAAUCGAGUGAGAUCUCAAAAGGAAUUUAAUGACUAUGUCUCUAGAGGAAAGAGAAUUGAACUCUUUGAUGAUGACGAAUACCUUAGACUAAUGAAAGAAUAUGGAGUUGAUUGCGAGCCAAACUGUUUUCAAAUAGAGGGAAGACAAUGUUAAUUCAUUUUCAAUACCUCACAAUAAUACAUUAAUUUAUUUUUAAUUCAC